AUGGAAGAAGAAAACACCUCUCUGAGUGGGGAGAAACCGUACACGUGUUCUGUGUGUGGUCGAGGCUUCAGCCAAUCAUCCGGCCUGUCCAAACACAAGCGCAGUCAUGACAGGGAGAUGCUGUGUAAAUGUGGGGACUGUGGGAGGGCAUUUAAUUUCCCCUGCGAGCUGGAAAUUCAUCAGCGCUGUCACACUGGGGAGAGGCUGUUCCUGUGUUCCGUCUGUGAGAAUGCCUUCACUCGGUCAGCACACUUGCUGCAACACCAGCGAGUUCACUCUGGACAGAGGUCGUUUACUUGCUCUGUUUGUGACAAAGUCUUUACUAAUUUGUCCAACCUGCUGAGACACAAGCAGGUUCAUACUAUCGAGAGACCUUUUAAAUGUACAGACUGUGGGAAGUGCUAUAAAAGCUCCAGGGAACUGACACGCCAUCAAAGUGUCCACACAGAUGAGAGACCAUUCAAGUGCUCUCAGUGUGAGACUGGGCUCAAGCAUUCAUUUGAACUCACUCUACAACAACGCACUCACACUGGAGAGGAGCCAUUCACCUGCUCCAUGUGUCAGAAGAAGUUCACUCAAUCAUCUCACCUUCGGUCACACCAGCGAGUUCACACAGGGCAGAGACCAUAUGCCUGCUCCAUGUGUGAGAAGAAAUUUGCUCAUUCAUCCCAUCUGGUGAGGCACCAGCGUUGUCACAAGUAG